UUCUUCCACAUUGCAAAAUCAAGGGGAAAUAAAAUGGGGAUAGUGACACAGUGACACACGCAAUGGAAGCCAAAGUUUCUGCGUCAAAACUGCAAUAAUAAUUCUCAAUUCUAUCACGACGUCUCCAUUAGCCACUUGAGCCGUCGCGCUCUUUCUUUUCUGUGUGUUCGGACUUCGCGUUUUUUGCGGAGCUCAAGCCUUCUCUCAUGGUCUGCUCCUCCGCCACAUGAACCAUGCUCCCCUCCCGCCCCUCCGCCGUUUCUUAGUCUCUGCCGUCUUUUUCAUCCUCCUUCCGGUCGCCCACUCUCCGACCUUACGCUCCCCUCCCCUUCCACCUCCUUCCGACGGCAGCUUCCUCAACUCUGCUGCUGGUGUUGUUCACGAGGAUAAGAUCACACCGAUCGGAUUGUUGAGCUCUAACUACCCACCCAUGUCUAAAGCCCGUGUUUAUGCAGAUGUCAAUGUUCUGCGCCCCAAGGACUAUUGGGAUUACGAAUCUCUUGCUGUUCAAUGGGGUGAUCAAGACGAUUAUGAGGUUGUCCGGAAAGUGGGAAGAGGAAAAUAUAGUGAGGUAUUUGAGGGAAUAAAUAUUAAUAACAACGAGCGGUGCAUAAUCAAGAUCCUUAAGCCUGUUAAGAAGAAGAAGAUAAAGAGAGAGAUAAAAAUACUUCAGAACCUCUGUGGGGGUCCAAACAUUGUCAAGCUUUUUGACAUUGUCAGAGAUCAACAUUCAAAAACACCAAGCUUGAUUUUUGAGUAUGUGAACAGCACGGAUUUCAAAGUACUUUAUCCAACACUGACUGAUUAUGAUAUACGCUACUACAUAUAUGAGCUUUUGAAGGCAUUGGAUUAUUGCCAUUCUCAAGGGAUAAUGCACAGGGAUGUCAAACCUCACAAUGUUAUGAUUGACCAUGAGUUGCGAAAACUUCGCUUGAUUGACUGGGGCCUUGCUGAAUUUUAUCAUCCUGGCAAGGAAUAUAAUGUUCGUGUAGCAUCAAGAUACUUUAAAGGUCCUGAAUUGUUGGUUGAUUUGCAAGAUUAUGAUUAUUCUUUGGACAUGUGGAGCCUCGGUUGCAUGUUUGCUGGAAUGAUUUUUCGCAAGGAACCUUUCUUUUAUGGCCACGACAAUCAUGACCAGCUUGUAAAAAUUGCCAAGGUUCUUGGGACAGAUGAGUUGAAUGCAUAUUUGAACAAGUAUCAUCUAGAGCUUGAUCCUCAACUUGAUGCACUUGUUGGGAGGCACAGCAGGAAACCGUGGUCUAAAUUUAUCAAUGCAGACAACCAACAUCUUGUUUCUCCCGAGGCUAUUGAUUUUCUCGAUAAGCUUCUUCGAUAUGAUCACCAGGACAGGCUUACGGCAAGAGAAGCCAUGGCACAUCCAUAUUUCUCCCAAGUGAGGGCUGCUGAAAAUAGCAGGAUGCGAACACAGUAGUAUUUACAUGCUGAAAAGCUAAAGUGUGAUAUCGGUUGGCUUUGGGAUGUUUUAAGUGUUAGCGUUACUACAGAAAUAUGAGCUGCCUGUAUUAUAGUUUAAGAAACUGAAGCUAAAAAGGACUUCGAUAUUAUUUUUGAAGUCACUUUUCUUGUUUUGAUAAUGGAUGAUAGCUCUCUACCAGCGUAUUCUUGUUCUGGAGAAACAAUACGUUACGUGCAUAUUCUAAAUCAUGUAUGCUGCUGCUUUCAAUACUUAAACUACUGCCAAAUUCUUCAUAAUUUGUCAUUUCAAGACCAUUAUAUUGGCCAAAUUGCAAGUUUAAA